AUCUCAGGUAUUCCAAACUAUAACGAAACAUGAUCAUAUAACAAUCUUUAUAAUGCCUUUCAGGAUGAAGAACACCACGACGCUAACCUUCACCCUGAUGUCAUUCGCGACCCUGGAGAACCACAAACACGAGUUUUUUACUCUUUUCUUCUUCCUCUAUAUUGUCACCAUCUUCCUCAAUUUACUCCUGAUCAGCGUCAUCCACCGAUGCAAUCAGCUGCACCAGCCUAUGAAUAUUUUUGCAUGUAUGUUAUGUUUCAACGAAAUCUACGGGAGUAGCGCGUUGCUACUUCCCGUUAUGAGCAUCCUCUUGUCGAAGACACACGCAAUCAGCGCCAACAUGUGCUUCGCUCAGGUCUACUUCUUGCACACAUUUGGAUCUUCCGAGUUGUGCAUACUCGCUCUCAUGGGUUACGACCGCUAUGUUGCCAUCUGUUCCCCGCUUCACUAUCACACCAUCAUGACUCCUUCCAUGAUCUACAAACUGAUUGCAGUUGUGGGCCUUUAUCCGUUGAUUGUAUUUGGUUCUUUUUUCAGUCUCACUCUACGGCUGAGUUUUUGUGGGACAGUCAUACCGAAGCUUUACUGUGUCAACAUGGAAUUGGUCAAAAACGCAUGUUCAAGCACAACCCUCAUAAGUAUUGUUGGGCUUCUGCUUAUUGGGUUGCUGGUCUGCCCUCAAUUAAUCAUGAUUGUUUUCUCCUAUGUACAGAUAUUCCGAGUUUGUAAAAAAUUAUCUAAAGACUCCCAGGUUCAUGCGCUUAAAACAUGCGUGCCACAUUUAUGUUCCGUUUUAAACUAUAGCAUUGGAGCCCUGUUUGAAGUUGUUCAGACUAGGUUCGAUAUGAGUCAUGUUGCGAUCGAAGCGCGGAUCUUCUUGUCAAUGUAUUUCGUCAUCAUUCCACCUAUCGUCAACCCGCUGCUAUACGGACUCGGAACGCAUCUUGUUCGGGUUCAGAUUAUAAAGCUGUGUAUUCUAUACAAGAUCAUACCAUCAAACAUAUCAAAGAGGAUAAUUCCAAAUGAAACUUUUACUACUAACUAG